AUGGACAUCCUGGAAAAGUCCACAAAGUAUCACGAGGCGGUACUUAAAUCAUCGCAGAAAGUCGGUAUUCCCAAGACUAGGGCCGAUAUUCAGACCCACAACCUUGCAAAAACAGCAUUGCUACGAAAUGCAGCCAACGCAGCAACCCUCAACAUGGCAGCAACCGCUAUGUUUGACAUCAAAACGCUGUUUAAUGGCGAUUUUCAGAAGUACUUUGUCAAGCUAGGCAUCAGCGGCAUGCAUGGUGGUGCGGUUGCAGGGAUUCAAGCCAGGAUUCACCACUCUUUCUUUGGCAACGGCGCCGUGGUGGGCGUAGUUGUCAGCUCAGCUUUCGGUGUGGUAGGACUUGUAAACACAGGAGACUGGGCCCGUUUCGGGAAAAACACUGGCCUCGGUAUUGUUGGCUCUGCCGGAGGCUGGGGAGGGUCACAACUUGUCGAACAUAUUUAUGACAAUGUCAAGGAAGGGAAUGCGAAAAUGGGUCUCCGUGUGGACCCUUCCCUGACAAAGAGGGAAGUUGUGGCCAGAAUCUUGGAUCAGCGUGGUGAUUCAGUCGCUGUUCAGAUGACCGAUACAAUGGCUACUGAUAUAGCAACGCUUCAGGAGAACCUGAGUGACUGGCAGCAGGGUGAUCCCAAAGACUUUGAAGCCUUUGUUGAAGGCCUGCGCAAAGCAACAUCAAGCUAA